AUGAAACAUCACCCUGUACUUUUAUCAUUUAUACUAUUAUGCAUAUCCAAUUUGACACAUGGUGCUCGACCCUCUACUCCUCUUUCAGCUCAAGGAUGCGCGUUGCUAAUGGGAAACACCAUCUAUUGUUACGGAGGCGCCCAAUUUAGUAGCAACAACGACGACGAGGAUGAAAAAAUACCAACGACCAACGCAAUGUAUUCUCUUCGAUUAAGCGACGGUGGCGAGCAAUUGGAUGGUUGGCAAGAGGUUGCCAACCAUGGAAGAACCUUAGGAGCCAAUGCUGCAUUUGCAGUAUCACCUUUACCUGAUGGCCAAGGCAUGGUCAUUGUUGGUGGAUGGGGCUCCAAUAGUGGAAGCCAGUCAAAUUCAAACAGCCAAAACAUUAUCUAUUACGCCAACUCUGGCAAUUGGCGUUCAUUAUAUACUUAUCCACAACAAUCACAUCUCACGGCUGAAAUGCCUGCAAUCCUAGAUAAUAACCGAACCAUAUGGAUAUGGGGUGGCAAGAUUGUUGGAGAUGAUGGUGUGGCUGAGCCAGAAAAUAUGGGUAUCGUUGACAGAUCGCAGAGAAUGACGACUCGCCAAAUUUCGUUUCCUAGUGGAUCACACGGAAGAACAGGUCAUUCUGCAGCAUUGGGUUCCGAUGGCCAUACCAUCUAUUACUUUGGUGGACUCGAUGGUGAUUCCGAUAGCCGAGAAUUGGAUGAUGACCAUGGUGGAUUUAAAAACGUGUCCAUGAGCGAGAUUUUGGUAUUUGAUACAAACUCACAAAGCUGGAGCAAACGAACAACAUCGGGAUCGGUCGUCCCAUCUUCCCGUUAUUUCCAUACUACCACUCCAAUUCCAGGUACAAACGAUAUCUUGUUGUAUGGUGGUCGACGAUUUGGUAGCCGAAUGCCGGUAGAUGACUUUUGCUACGUAUAUAACACUGAUAGCAAUGAAUGGACACAAAUUAACACGCCUUCAAUGGGUGCUGGACCAAGAUGGGGUCAUUCAGCUAUACUUCAUAAUGACAAUCGUCUUUUUGUUCUAUUUGGUGUGAAUGCUGAUGGUUCAGCCACUGAUGAUUUCUACGUCUUUGAUUACAAGAACAGAGAAUGGGAAGGAGCAUCAGGUGGAGGUAGUGGCGGCAAUGGACCAAGUGGUGGCGGUAGCCGUGGUGGCGGCGGCGGCAACAAGUUAAGUGGUGGAGGUAUUGCAGGCAUUGUUAUUGCCAUCUUGGUCAUACUUGGGAUCAUAAUCGCUGGUUUUCUCCUGUAUCGACGUCGACAAAGAAAUGCUGCCAUGAAUCAGCCGACUACUUGGUUUGGAAAUACGCCGCCUCAAGGAAAGGAUGAUCUCGUAUUGGCACCUCCACCCAAGGACAUUCUACCACAAUACGCCAUGAUGGAUAAAGGAAUGGUUCAACAGCAACAGCAUCCAGAUGCAAUGCUUCUUUACAAUAAUGGUGCUGCUGCAGCAAUUCCUUCUUCAUUACACAAACCCGAUGAACCGGCAACACAUGACAAAAUAGCUGUAAUAAAUAAGGAAGAGACCCAUCAAAAGCCAAAUGAAUGA